AUGGAUGCUCAUAAAAUAAUCUUCUUUUUCAUUCUUCUACAUGUUACUCUCUCAUCAUCUACCACAAGUGUGGUAGAUUUUUGUGUAGCAGAUUUCAAUUAUCCAGGUGGGCCAGCGGGAUUCCCUUGUAAGAAUCCCGCUAAUGUUACUGUGGAUGACUUUGUUUUCUCUGGUCUAAGUGUUCCAGGUAACACAACAAAUAUUGUCAAUGCUUCUGCAUUCCUAGCAAUUGAUGUUACAUUUCCUGCCCUAAAUGGUCUAGGCCUUUCGAUGGCAAGAUUAGACUUUGGCGUGGGAGGAGUUAUUCCAAUUCAUGCACAUAGGGUAUCAGAGGUUAUUCUUGUAGUCGAGGGUACAAUAAUUGCUGGAUUUAUAGGGUCGGAUAACACCGCUUACUACAAAACAUUGAAUAAGGGGGAUAUUAUGAUCUUUCCACAUUCAUUACUUCACUUCCAAGUAAACGUUGGUGAUUCGCCUGCUCUUGCGUUUGUUAGCUUAAACAGCGCCAACCCUGGCUUCCAAACCACAACAGUUGCUCUAGCUGCAAAUGAUCUUCCUACUGAUAUAAUUCAAAAGAUCACUUUGUUGGAUGCUGAGCAAGUGAGAAAGUUGAAAUCAAUCUUUGGUGGCACUAAUUAAUGCUAUGUUGCGAUGAUAUAUGCAUUUUAUAAAAAUUUACAACUACGUAA